AUGGCCAUCAACGAUAUUACUAUAAAUGUAACCGAGUCUGUCAGUAGAUGUAUGUAUGUGGAUGAUAUAGCCAUUUUUUUCUCUGGAAAAACAAUCGGUCAAAUUAGUCGUAAACUGCAACCGGCCAUCAAUCGAAUUGUUGGGAAUGGAGCAAACAUUGGAAUGACCUUUUCACGGGAGAAAACCCAAUGUGUGCACUUCUGCAGACUACGAACUCCGCACUAUGAUCCGCUACUUUACCUGGACGACAAUCCUAUCCGAUGUACUGAAACUGCCAAAUUCUUGGGGCUUACGUUUGACAAAGCACUGAGAUGGAUCUCACACAUCGAACAAUUAAAAACGAAGUGUAUCAGGCGUCUCGAUGUGUUAAAAGUAUUGGCACAUACUAAAUGGGGAGCGGAAGUAAAAUGUCUCAUCACGAUCUAUAGGGCAUUGAUACUGUCCCAAAUUGACUAUGGGUGCGUGGCGUAUUCGUCCGCACGAAAAUCGCUGCUUGCAACGCUAGACUGUGUGCACAACGCUGCCAUAAGAUACUGCAUAGGGGCGUUUCCUACAAGUCCAGUGGACAGUCUGUAUUGUGAAUCGGGAGUUCCUCCCCUAGACAUUAGGAGAAAGCAGUUAAUGGCUAACUAUAUCAUAAAGAUCAAGUCAUUACCGGAUCAUCCAAAUAAUGUGCUGUUUAACGUUGACUUGGACCUAUAUCGCACACGUCCGACCAUCACGCGCCCUUCUUAUGUGCGGUUUUGCGAACAUCUUGAAUGGCGGAAUAUAACUCUGCCUAUACUGCUAGAAGAAAAUAUGCUAGAAUUUGAACCAUGGACGAUGCCCAUCAUUAGAGUAAGGAAAGACCUGGUAAGGCUUAAAAAGGAAACUACUGACAAUGAUACUUACCUACGGGAGUUCCAAAGCAUUUGUAACCAGUAUCCUGCACAUGAGAUCAUAUACACGGAUGGGGGAAAACUGAACGUGGUGCUGGGAGCGCAAUCGUCAUCGAUGGCGAUUAUGUAUUGUUCCAUGGUUGUUGAAGGGAAAUUUUUAAUUGUCACCGAUUGCCUGAGCGUUAUCAAUAAUCUGUCGCAAAUAUUUUCUGAUGACGUUAUGACUAGAAGGUGUCAAUCUGCCUUGAACCCCAUACUCGAACGCAUUGAAAUAGUUUUCAUGUGGGUACCAGGUCACGUCGGAAUUCCUGGAAAUGAACAGGCGGAUCGUGCUGCUCGAACGGCGAUAUGUAAAGAUCGUGUGGACGUCAACUUUGUUAUGGCUACAGAUGCGAAAAAGUAUCUGAAAGAAAAGAGCGUACUGGAAUGGCAACAGAGAUGGGAAAGGUGUAAUACUCACCUAAUGCAAAUAAAGCCGAACGUUGGUAAACUGUACACGGUGCGCGACGGGGACAGAGAAAUAAAUGUGAAGAUGCACCGACUACGAAUUGGACAUACUGGUAUCACGCAUAAGCAUAUAUAUAAACGUGAGCAUCCACGACAGUGCGACCGGUGUAGAACAACCCUCACGAUUGCUCACUUAAUGGGAAACUGUCCAUUAUACGUUUUGGAACGCGCGACACAUAAGAUAAGGGCAAAUUAUUCUGAAAACUUUAAUCUAGACAACUGCAGAGGCACGUUAGCUUUUAUGAAGCAAAUAAAUAUGUAUAAAGAUAUAUAG